GUUUGACAGGUGCAUGUCUCUGCACGCUUUCUCGUCAUGAGACAGUAACUCUGGACACUCGGACUCCUGGCUUGAAUGAUGAACAGGUUUUCUUCAGACUUCUCGUCCGUUCUCAGGUGUUCUCUCGGAUGGGUUGGUUCGCCAUUGCAUUUUGCACUCUCCUAGCUGGUUUUGUCCUGUACCGAUUUCUUGUUCGAGAAAAUGCGAUAGAAUUGAAGGGAAUUGCCGUGCUACAAGAGACUUCAAGUCCCAGUGAAUCACAAGAAGAAAGAAGCACAGCGACUCAAACUGCGCCCAAGAUGACUCAAGAAACAUCUUCAAACGGGAUUCCCACACUGUUCGAGACACCUCCUCUUCCCACGAAAGUAGUAGAGCCAGAAUCCGUCAACAAAGCCAGGCCAUCACAGCCAACGGUAUCUGUUCCUGAACAGCCUACCUCGACCAAACCACCGAGUCCGCCACGUCUCAAACCUCCUACCAUCGGUCGCAUGCCCGCCCCGCCACGGCCUGGUAAUGGCGCGCUUCGCCCGCCACCCUCCGCAGCUGCGUCUUUGCGAGUUCCUUCCACGAAAGUCUUGUCAAAUGCCUCCAUGGCCCCAAGUUCGUCCAUCAUGCCACCCGGAAAGCAGGUCUCACGAAAGGUCAUCCUCGAACCAGGCCAUUCGCCCCUGGACUGGGCGGCCCUUACUUCCAGCCCGAACAGUCAACUACGUGGUAAAGAUGUCCCCGACAAUUUGAUACGAGUCACUCCAGCACAGCUCAAGCAGCAAAAUGGUCGCAAAGGAAGAGAUGCCUGGACAGUGUAUCAGGGAAAAGUGUACAACAUCACACCAUAUGUCCCGUUUCAUCCUGGCGGGAAAGGCGAGAUCCUGCGAGGCGCGGGGAAGGACUCGGUGCAACUGUUCAUGGAAGUUCAUCCCUGGGUCAACUGGGACGGCAUGCUCAGCGAGUGUCUUGUUGGGAUUCUAGUCAAUGACGAAGACGAGGCUGACUCCAAGAGUGGCGGCCUCGAUGAGAUGGAUUGAAUUGACAUGCAUUUACCGGCGCAGAACGGACGGGAAGGCUUGAGAUGGAGACAUGACAUAGAUCUUGUGAUACCCCUUUAGAACGACUCAUGAUUGACGGACAUGAUUGAUGGGUAUAUGUACAUGGCAGAA